AUGGAGCUGUGCGGUCCCAACAUGAGGGAGGGCGGAGGAUCUCUCUGCCAGGUGAAGCAGCUAUCCGGCCACAGUGUCCACCUUUGUCACCUGCAGGCCUCUGGACACCACAUACGCAACCUGCCCCACCAACCAUGGGUCAACCACCCAGACCCGGCUAUCGCCUCCAGCCCGACGGUAUCCAUCCGCCACAGGGUAAGCGGAGCCUGCAGCAACCCGGAUUGUGCGGUGUCCAGACUGGGAGAGGAGGCAGCAGUGGCCCCAGGCGUCUCCACAGGGAAGGUGGUGGUGACAGGAGGAGGGGGAUACUUUGGGUUCAGGCUGGGGAGAGAACUGGCCAAUCAGGGGAUGUCAGUGGUCCUUCUGGACAUGAACAAGCUUCCCUGUGAUGUCCCUGAUGGAGCCAUCUUCUAUCAGAGUGACAUCCGGGACUAUUCCUCCCUCUAUAAGAUGUGUGAAGGGGUCGACUGUAUAUUCCACACAGCGUCUUACGGCAUGUCCGGACCGGAACAGCUGAGGAAAGAGCAGGUGGAGUCGAUCAAUGUUGGAGGGACGAAUAACGUCAUAAAAGUGUGUAAGGAGAGAAGCAUCCCCAGGCUGGUGUACACCAGUACAAUCAAUGUGGUGUUUGCUGGGAAACCCAUUGAGGAUGGAGAUGAGGCCUCAGUGCCUUUUGUGCCCCCCGAUGUACACAUCGACCACUACUCCAGAACUAAAGCGACAGCAGAGCAGAUGGUCCUCUCUGCCAACGGACGCUCCCUGAAAGGUGGAGGUCUGCUUCGGACCUGCAUCCUGCGGCCCUGUGGCAUCUACGGACCAGAGGAGAGGAGACACCUCCACAGAGUGAUGUUGAAUGUGGAGCGCCGGUUGUUCAGUUUCAGGUUUGGGGACCCCAAGGCCAGGAUGAACUGGGUUCAUGUAGAAAACCUGGUUGUGGCCCACACGCUGGCAGCCGAGGCUCUCACACUGCAGAGGAGCUGUGUCGCUAGUGGACAGACCUAUUUCAUUAAUGAUGGAGUUUCCGUGAAUCUGUUUGAGUGGUUGACACCUUUGUUUGAAAAGCUCGGCUACAGCAGACCGUUGAUAAACCUUCCUGUUUCACUCGUCUACUCAGCAGCCUUCCUGGUGGAAUAUUUGCAUUUAGUUCUGAGACCUGUGAUAGGAGUUCCCCUGCUCUUUACCAGAAGUGAGGUGAGGAGCAUAGCUGUGAGCCACACCUUCAAGAUCGACAAGGCCCGUCGAGAGCUGGGUUACUGUCCAAAGCGCUACAGCCUCGUGGACUCUGUGGAGCAUUACCUGAAAUCCAGACAGACUCGAUCCAGCUCGGCUCUUUUCAGCGUCUCCUGGACCUCCCAGUCGCCCCGACACCUCCUCGUCAUGUUGCUGCUGGGCCUCAGCCUGCUGCUACUGGUGCUAUCCUGCAUAGUCUCUCCAAACUAA